UAACAGUUACAACUUCGUCACUGGACAUAAGCACGCACUCGGAGAGCACAAGUACAGAAAAUACAAUGAUAGGAACAGCGGCGCCGGCGCCGGCGACGGCAGCGGAUACAGGACCUACAUCAACGGCGGGGCAGCAGAAUAUGGCCGCUUCAUUUGCGAACUCUUUUAGAAUUGCCGCAGUUGCCGAUCGAUUUGCCUUGCACUUGAAACCUGGAGGUUUUGGCAACUCUAAUACGGAUUUUACCAGUCUGUGCCUCUCUCUUGCUAGGGGCAUCGAUUAUGCAGUUGCAAAUAAUGAGGUUCCUACCAAAGCUCAAGACUUGCCAGCACUGUUGAAACAGGUAUGCCAACAUAAAAACGAUCUCGUCUUACAAGCAGCUAUCAUGGUUCUUAUGAUUUCUGUCAAGAAUGCUUGUAAGAUCGGUUGGUUUUCACCCAAGGAUUCUCAAGAAUUAGCCACUCUUGCUAAUGAGAUGGGGAGUAGCUUUUGCAGUUCUGGAGAACUUAAUAUCUCACCAAAUGACUCUCCUUCUAUUAUCUCAACAGUUUUGUCCAGAUUCUAUCCACUGAUGAAAAUGGGGCAAAUACUCGCUUCUCUUGAAGUUAAGCCUGGAUAUGGAGCUUACAUGGUUGAUUUUCACAUUUCAAAAACUACAAUACCUUCUCGACAGGAAAAAAUACGGUUGUUUGUGGCACAAAAAGAUAAUAUAGAGACAUCUGCAUGUAUUAUAAGCCCACAACAAGUGAGCUUUCUGUUAAACGGGAAGGGGGUGGACAAAAGAACUAAUGUUUCAAUGGACCCAGGACCGCAAAUGCCAUCAAAUGUGACCGGUAUACUAAAAUAUGGGACGAAUCUUCUUCAAGCUGUUGGCCAGUUUAAUGGUCAUUAUAUCAUAGCUGUUGCUUUUAUGAGCGUGACAUCAUCACCCAAAGUUCCUGAGCUACUAUUUCACAUUGAAUCUAGUGCUGUUACAGAAGAUCCAGAUUCUGAUGUCAUUGAGGGGCCAUCUCGAGUAUCACUCAAUUGCCCCAUCAGCUGCACGCGUAUCAUAACUCCCGUCAAAGGAUAUUCGUGUAAGCAUCUUCAGUGUUUUGAUUUUAGGAACUUCAUUGAUAUAAAUUCAAGGAGGCCGUCUUGGCGCUGCCCGCAUUGUAAUCAGCAUGUCUGCUACCCCAACAUUCGUUUAGAUCAAAACAUGGAUAAGGUUUUAAAAGAAGUGGGUGACAAUGUAGCUGUUGUAAUAAUCUCAGCUGAUGGCUCGUGGAAGGCUGUUCUGGAAACUGAUGAUAAUUCAAACAAUACGCAAAAAGAGGUUAUCGAUUGUCAGAAUGACAUGCCUGAAGAAUUUGCAAUUACUGUGGAUCUUACCGAGGAUGAUGAUAUGAUGGAUGUUAUAAGCAUUACUGACCUUGAAGAUCGGAAACCUUCUCAGGCUACUCUUCAGAGACAACCUGUUACCAAUAAUUCAAUCGAACCACCACCUUCAAAUACUGCGAGUGCAGUUGAUCAGAAUGUUGCUAGUCCAGCAGGGGAUAACUUUUGGUCUGAAAUGUACUUAUUGUCCGGAACAUCUACUGCUGGAUCAGGGCAACAAUAUUUCAAUCAAAUUUUUGCCUCUCCUUCUACCAGUUCUUUGACAUCUCCGGUGAUAACUGAUGCCGUAUCUCCUUCACUCCAUCGUGAUUCUGGAAGCCACAGGAACACUAAUCUCUCACCUCCAGUGCACACUCAGAUACAACUUAUGAAUGCAGCUGCAAGUGCAGCUGUAGAUAACGAGUAUGGGACAUUGAGACAGAUACUUGGAAGAAAUGUAAAUAGGACUCCUGUUGCAGUUCAGGCUCUUGCAGCUUCACCACAAAUACCAUUGCACCCACAAAGACCAAGAACUCAUCCAAAUACUGCUAUGCCCAAUGGGUCAUCACCUUUUUCUCAGGCUGCCCGACCUAUGACACCAGCAGGCACUGGUAUCAACAUGGCUUCCAAUUAUAGGUAUAGGCCUCAUCAUUUUUCAAGACCGCCUACAGAUACUCGUCAAGGUUCGCCCUUGCUGCAACAUCCCUCAUCUGCACAGAACAUGAAUCAUCUACAACGACCUGUUAAUUUAGGGCAACCAGUUUCUACUGGGAUUCGAAAUGAUUCUCAGAAUUUAUAUCAGCACCAUACGAUUCGGAUGCCUCAAUCCAGGAGUCACUCUCCAACUGUAGGUAGAUCAUCUUCACCAGUCAUGCGUCCGUGGGUUCCAAUCCAGCAAGGGGUUGGCAGCACAUCAAGUUCACCAAAUACCCAACAUCCUAAUUUUGCUGCUACUCAGCGACCAGUCCAUAUGACUCGACAGCCACCAUUAACACCAGUCCAAAUUCCAAUCUCCAAAGGAGGGCCCACAUACUCAAAUACUGAUGCAAGUAGGACGCCACAAGGGAUGAUGCAGAGAGUAAAUGUUGGAGAACGUCAACUAAAUUCCGGAGCUGAUGCUGCUAGGUCAUCAGAGCAAAACUGGCAACCUACUGGACGAAUGCGCGGAGCCCUCUCUAGUCAGGCUGUUAACACGUAUAAGGAUCUUGUAAUUCAGCCCACCCAACCAGCUCAGACUCCGCAACCGCAACCAUCCAAUUUGACCCCAUCGCCACCUAAUGUUUCACCUCAACUCGGAGCGUUUCUUUCCAACGGCAGGAGUUACCAUACACCUCAGACACAAAAUAGUGCAAUGAGUCAACCUGCCAGCAUGAACGGGAACUCUGGUACGCUGCCGUGACUGAUAAUACUUCUCUUGAGUCUACUAACGAUGCCGAUAGAGAUCCCUGGUGUGGCUGUAAAUAAAUGGGAUAUGGCCGAUUGUUGCAUCACGAGGUCAAUUUUUGUGAAGUUACAUAGAUUUACAGUGGCUUAUGGUUUCGACCAUAUUUAUACAAGAAUGUUAGUCGGUAAAUUAUGUUGAUAUAAACUAGGGUAACAUGUCUGGAAAUAGUUUCAAGUUACAAUACCUAUGCUUAAAUAUAUUAUCCUAGUUUAUAGCGCUGGUUCUCUUUGUAAAUUAUCUUUGCUAUCUGCUAAUGAUACCGUCUAAUCCUUCAA